CAUUAUCAUGGCGGUGCCACAAUACUAUCUAUCUAGCUAGACUAGACUACUCGCUCGUCAAUCAAAAAGAGAAGAUGGCGCACACCGCCGAUUACUUUCGGGAAUCCAUCAUUGAAACCGCCUUUCCCAUGGCCUACCACAACAUGAACAAGAGUCACCGUGUGGACAGUGUGCGAGAGAAGUUCACCGUGGGACUUCAGCAACCAUCACAACAGCAGCAAGAAAAGCACCACCAUUACCAGCCGAAUGCUUCCCCCCAAAAGACAACGCGCCACACAUCAUUCCCACCACCGGCCAUUUCCGCUGCCGAGAGCCUGCUCGAUGACAGUUACUACGAACCAUCCAUUGCAUCCCCACGGUCCAUUGUCCACGAAGCAAACGACAACAAGGUCGAAGUGAGAUUGGAACCAACAGACGACCAGGAGAAACCCAAGCGACGUCGCAAGCGAAAGCGUCGCACUCCUCGAUAUCCACUCAAUGGAACGACGCCCUCGGAAAUCAUUUGCGCCAACAUGGUGUGUUGUGCCGAUUGCACCCUCGAUGCAUUCGAGUACGGAUUCGGCAUUGAAGAGGAAAUGCAAAUCAUCAAUAGUGAUAUCGGAUGGUUUGCCUCGUUCUUUGAUACACCCUGAGGCAGCCCAAGCCCACUUGGUACGGUGUGUGUUUUUGUACGAACAGAACGGAACAAUAGGGACGAUGCACUCCAUGGCAAUACAAUAUCUGUGACCGUACUUAGACUACUUACUUUCCAGCUUUC